AUCCAUCCAGCGUUGUGCUGGAGGGGGGAAGCAGUGAGUGAUUAAUCAGGGAAUAGACCGUGUGCCUGGUGCAUUGACAUCCCCCCUCAGUGUGUGCAGUCAGUGAGUGAGUGAGUGAGGGGCCGCUCGCGCUCUCUUUCUGUCUCUCUCGCGCGCACUCUCUCUCUCUCUCUCCUUCCCUCUCUGCCUGUCUCUCGCGCUCUCUCCCUCUGUGUAACCGCUCGAUGUUGUCUGCGCUCCGCUGCUGCCGCCUCCGGACUCGAGCGGUGCGGCUGCUGCUCCGAGGAGGGGGAGGAGGAGGAUUCCGCCGGAUCCCGGAGCAGCUGUAAACAUGGCGACCGAGGGGCUGCUGCUCACCAACCACGAGCACCAGAUCCGAGUGGGAGUUCUGACAGUGAGUGAUAGCUGCUUCAGGAACCUUGCAGAAGAUAGAAGUGGGAUAAACCUUAAAGACCUGGUCCAAGACCCUUCACUGUUGGGAGGAACAGUAUCUGCAUACAAGAUAGUACCCGAUGAGGUUGAUGAAAUCAAGGAAACUCUCAUAGAAUGGUGUGAUGAUAAGGAAUUGAACCUUAUUUUAACUACUGGGGGGACUGGGUUUGCUCCAAGAGAUGUAACUCCAGAGGCCACAAAGGAAGUGAUUGAAAGGGAGGCUCCUGGAAUGGCACUGGCGAUGCUGAUGGGUUCAUUGAAUGUCACUCCACUAGGGAUGCUGUCUCGACCUGUAUGUGGAAUAAGGGGCAAAACUCUGAUUAUUAAUCUGCCUGGUAGCAAGAAGGGUUCACAGGAAUGCUUCCAGUUUAUACUACCUGCCCUACCUCAUGCUAUUGACUUAUUGCGGGAUGCAAUUGUGAAAGUGAAAGAAGUUCAUGAUGAGCUGGAGGACCUCCCAUCUCCUCCACCCCCAUUGUCUCCUCCCCCUACCACCAGCCCACACAAACAGACAGAAGACAAAGGGGUUCAAUGCGAAGACGAAGAGGAAGAAAAGAAAGAUAGUGGAGUAGCUUCAACUGAAGAGAGUUCAUCCUCGCACAUUACUGCAGCAGCCAUAGCAGCCAAGUUGCCUGUAUUUUCCUGUCAUAGUGCUGAUAGUUGUGUUGUACAUCAGAGCUUCCAACUUGUACACAGUCCCGCUCCUGUCAUGGCUAAAGGUGGUAAACCUGUCCCUGGUUUCAUUGGUCAUCACUCUCAUACUGCCAUCAGUGCAGGAGAGCCGCAUUUUUUAUACUUUCAGAUCCCAGACUCAAUCAUUUCUCGUGGUGUCCAAGUCCUUCCACGAGACAAUGCAUCGCUGAGCACAACUCCAUCGGAAUCACCGCGAGCUCAAGCUACAUCACGCCUGUCCACAGCUUCUUGUCCGACACCAAAACAACUUCGAAGGGCGGAUGAUGCGAAAGGAGUUGCUAGUAGAGGCGGAUCUCUCAAACUCCAUCGAAAGCUGGAGGAGCUCAGAGAUCAGCUAGAAGGAAAUGUGAAAGGAGGCUCUCUCAAAGCUGAGCUCUCUUCAUGCACACCUUCUUAUUGUGCUACAGAGCUCCACCAUAGGUUGGAAGGGCUUAAAGAUGAACUCAGAAGGCAUAGAGGAUACAACUCGCGAGUCCAGUCACGAUGCAGCAGCAAGGAAAAUAUCCUGAGAGCCAGCCACAGUGCAGUUGACAUCAGCAAGGUAGCACGACGACACCGCAUGUCUCCAUUUCCUUUAACUUCGAUGGAUAAAGCCUUCAUCACCGUGUUGGAGAUGACCCCAGUUCUUGGCACUGAAAUAAUCAACUAUCGAGAUGGCAUGGGGCGAGUCUUAGCACAGGAUGUGUUUGCAAAAGACAACUUGCCACCUUUCCCAGCAUCAGUGAAGGAUGGCUAUGCUGUGCGAGCUGCUGAUGGCCCUGGUGAUCGAUUCAUUAUUGGUGAAUCACAGGCUGGCGAGCAGAUGAUUUUCUUUUAUUCCUGCAUGUUUUUGCAGCCAACUCAGACAGUGAUGCCUGGUCAGGUGAUGCGGGUAACAACAGGGGCUCCGAUACCUUGUGGUGCAGAUGCAGUUGUGCAGGUUGAAGAUACAGAGCUGAUUAGGGAGUCAGAUGAUCAUGAUGUACUUCUAAUCAUGGGCACAGAAGAGCUGGAAGUAAGGAUUCUGACACAAGCCCGUCCAGGCCAGGACAUCAGACCAAUCGGCCAUGAUAUCAAAAGAGGAGAAUGUGUCCUAGCAAAAGGUACCCAUAUGGGUCCAUCUGAAAUUGGCCUUCUAGCAACAGUUGGAGUUACUGAAGUUGAAGUUCACAAGUUUCCUGUGGUUGCUGUGAUGUCUACAGGAAAUGAACUCCUGAAUCCUGAAGACGAGCUAACACCAGGAAAGAUUCGGGACAGCAAUCGUUCGACCCUUCUAGCAACAAUUCAGGAACAUGGUUACCCAACUAUCAACCUGGGAAUUGUUGGAGAUAACCCUGAUGACCUGCUGAAUGCUCUCAAUGAAGGGAUAAGUCGUGCUGAUAUCAUCAUUACUUCAGGGGGUGUAUCCAUGGGAGAAAAGGAUUACCUGAAGCAGGUGUUGGACAUUGACCUUCAUGCCCAGAUCCACUUUGGCAGAGUCUUCAUGAAACCUGGCCUCCCAACAACCUUUGCAACUUUGGAUAUUGAUGGCAUCAGAAAAAUCAUCUUUGCGCUGCCAGCGGGCGCGGUAGAGGCUGAUGGUGACGUAGGAUCUGAAGGAAAUCCAGUGUCAGCAGUUGUUACCUGCAAUCUCUUUGUAAUCCCCGCACUGAGGAAAAUGCAGGGAAUCCUUGAUCCUCGACCCACCAUCAUCAAAGCCAGGUUAUCCUGUGAUGUGAAACUCGAUCCACGGCCUGAGUAUCAUCGCUGUAUUCUGACUUGGCACCACCAGGAACCAUUGCCUUGGGCACAGAGUACAGGGAAUCAGAUGAGCAGUCGUCUGAUGAGUAUGCGUAGUGCCAAUGGACUGUUGAUGCUACCUCCAAAGACAGAACAAUAUGUGGAGCUCCAUAAGGGUGAAGUGGUAGAUGUCAUGGUGAUUGGAAGACUAUGAUGUCGUCACAAAAGCUGCGUCGGUGCAUGUCUACAUAUUAUUGACUGUAUCCUGUAAUAUGGAACAGCACAGCUAGUUUUUAAUGAUUUGGAUAAAAUUGACCAGUGUUGUUGACAUCUUGAAUUAAUUUCAAAAUGAAUAAGUAAAAUGAAAUAGGAGGGAGUAAUAAUGUAUUGAAUCCAUUCUGUAUCAUACCCAGAGCAAAGUUUCUCUUUCAUGACAGUUGCUUUGUGUGUUUAAUGCUAGGUCUAAUAGCAGUAGCUUUUGAUAGACAGCGAUAGGUGCCUGCUAAACUUGUGUUCUCUCAUCUUCAGAUACAGAUACUUAUGCUACUAGCAAGGCUGUCUGCUUACUUUAUACCAGCUUAGAUAAACACAGCUAUUAUCCUUAUUAGUACGCAACAUAAUUGCUUCACAAAGAGCUUUGCUUGUUCUUUAUCUUGUAUCUUGUGUUCAUGUGCUCAGUGCCAAAAGCAGAGUGGCUGGAGUGGACUGGUUUGGUAUUUUGCCCUUUCAGUGCCAUUGACUGGGAAAUUUCUCAGCAGCCUUCUGUCUCAGCUGACCACCUAGUUGGACAGGAAUUGGAAAUCUUUCAUUUGAACAAAGAAAUUGCUCCCUUAAGUGCUGACAGCCUUUUUACCAAUUUAAAAAAAAGUGUACAGUAAUACAAAGAUUGAUAUUGUACAGAUAAUAGUGUACCAGCAAUCGUGGUAAUUCUAGCAAAGACAGACAUUUAACAACACUGUACCAUAACAUUUUCUGUAAUGAUAUUAAAUAUUAAUUAAAAUCCUUGAUCAUUAUUGAAAUUUA